AUCUCGAAGGUCACCGCGUUCACGGGCGAGCCAAUCAGCUCCCCGCUCGUUGUUCCUCCUGGUCCCCUCGCUGCCGCUGCGUUUGAGAGCGGCAUGAGCGCAGUCGAGGAGCUCAAAUUGUUAAAGGCACAGGUACAGGACGUCGCGCGCGUGUGUAAUGCGGUCGCUCGCGGCGAUUUGUCGCAGAAGAUUACGGUCCCCGUUCAGGGUGUGGUCAUGGUUCAGCUCAAGGAGGUCAUCAAUGCUAUGGUGGACAAAUUGGGUCAAUUCGCUAAGGAGGUCACUCGUGUCAGUCAGGAAGUCGGAACGGAAGGUAAACUCGGUGGUCAGGCUUUAGUCUUAGACGUUGAAGGCACAUGGCGUGAGCUCACGGGCGUGGUCAACAAACUUGCGGCAAACUUGACGAACCAGGUGCGGUCUAUUGCAAAGGUCACGAAGGCUGUCGCGCUCGGCGACUUGUCAAAACAAAUCGAGGUCGACGCACGCGGUGAAAUACUGGAAUUGAAAAAUACGGUCAACGGCAUGGUGGUUAGGCUACGGACGCUUGCUGCCGAGGUUACUAGGGUCACAUUGGAAGUCGGUUCGAAGGGUAAAUUGGGUGGUCAGGUGCAUGUGCCGGACGUGGAGGGCGUAUGGUUAGAGUUGACGCGGAAUGUCAAUCGAAUGUGUUCUAGUUUGACAGAUCAAGUGCGGUCGAUCGCUAAGGUCACGACGGCUGUCGCAAAGGGAGACUUGACGCAGAAGAUCGAAAUUGAGGUCGAGGGUGAGAUGUUGACGUUGAAGCGAACGGUGAAUUCCAUGGUGGACCAGUUGAGCGCGUUCGCCAGCGAAGUCACACGAGUCGCCUUGGAGGUCGGCACGCAGGGUAUACUCGGUGGUCAGGCAAAGGUCGAGGGGGUGCAAGGGACGUGGGCGGACUUGACGCGCAACGUCAACAAAAUGGCCACGAAUUUGACGGACCAAGUGCGCUCGAUCUCAGAGGUCACGAAGGCCGUCGCCAACGGUGACCUCAGCCGGACUGUCAACGUCGAUGUGCAGGGUGAGAUGCUUGAACUCAAGACCACUGUGAACCAGAUGGUGGCCCGUUUGUCGACAUUGGCGAACGAGGUGACGAGAGUGUCUUUGGAGGUCGGCACAGAAGGUAUCAUGGGAGGUCAGGCUUACGUCCCGGAUGUCCAGGGCAUGUGGAAGGUCUUGUCGGACAACGUCAACCUGAUGGCCAUGAACUUGACGAACCAGGUGCGCUCGAUCGCGGAAGUCACGAAGGCUGUCGCUGGCGGUGACUUGACGAAGCGCAUCACGGUGGACGUCCGUGGAGAGAUGCUUGACUUGAAGAAGACGGUGAACGGCAUGACGGAGAGUUUGAGCGUCUUCGCAGACGAAGUCACAAGAGUCGCGAAGGAGGUCGGCACGGAGGGUAAGUUGGGUGGCCAGGCCCGCGUUACGGGCGUUGGUGGUACCUGGAAGGACCUGACGGAUAAUGUCAACGUCAUGGCCGCCAAUUUGACAUUACAAGUGCGGACCAUCGCAGUAGCAACGCGCGCUGUCGCUCGAGGUGAUUUGACGAGGAAGGUCAUUGGUGUAUCUGUGUCCGGAGAGAUGCUGGACUUAGUCAACACCAUCAACUCUAUGAUUGACCAAUUGGCCAUUUUCGCCGCGGAAGUCAAGAAAGUCGCCAGAGAAGUCGGAACCGAGGGCAAACUUGGUGGUCAAGCUGAGGUCGGUAACGUCGAGGGUAUCUGGCAGGACAUCACAAUGUCUGUGAACACGAUGGCUAGCAACUUGACAACGCAAGUGCGAGGUUUUGCCCAGAUCUCCGCAGCGGCUAUGGAUGGCGACUUCAGCCGGUUCAUCACGGUUGAGGCAAGCGGUGAAAUGGACUCCUUGAAGACCCAAAUCAACCAGAUGGUGUUCAACUUGCGGGACAGUAUUCAGAAGAACACAGCUGCUAGGGAGGCUGCUGAGUUGGCCAAUAGGAGUAAGUCCGAGUUCUUGGCGAACAUGUCGCAUGAGAUCAGGACGCCGAUGAAUGGUAUUAUCGGUAUGACCGAGUUGACACUGGAUAGCGACUUGAACCGGUCCCAGCGCGAGAGCUUGCUCUUAGUGCACAGUUUGGCCCGUUCGUUAUUACUGAUUAUCGACGACAUCUUGGAUAUCUCUAAGAUUGAGGCCGGUCGCAUGACAAUGGAACAGGUCUCGUAUUCGCUGCGCCAGAGCGUGUUCGGCGUCUUGAAAACCUUGGUCGUUCGAGCCUCUCAAAACCAGCUUGACUUGACAUAUGACGUGGACCCUGAGAUUCCGGACCAACUCAUUGGUGACUCCCUCCGUCUUCGCCAGGUCAUCACGAACCUUGUUGGAAAUGCCAUCAAGUUCACGCCGUCUAAGGUUUCACGGAAGGGACACGUCGCACUGAGCUGUCGCCUCCUCGCUCUUGACGACCUGAGCGUCACACUAGAGUUCUGCGUGUCGGAUACGGGCAUCGGUAUCGCAAAGGACAAGUUGACAAUGAUCUUCGACACGUUCUGUCAAGCGGACGGCUCUACGACGAGAGAGUACGGUGGUACUGGUCUCGGUUUAUCGAUCUCGAAGCGGCUCGUGACCCUCAUGCAGGGCAACAUGUGGGUCGAGUCGGAAGUGAGCAACGGCUCCAAAUUCUUCUUCACUAUCAGCUCGCAAAUUAGCCCAAUGUCGAUGGAGGCGACGCUCAGCAAGAUGCAGCCAUUCCAGAAACGCAACAUCUUGUUCGUCGACACCCUCUACGACCGCACGGGCGUCGUCCAGAGGAUCAUGGACCUCGGUUUACGCCCAUACGUCGUCCACGAAGUCUGCGAAGUCGCAGAUAAGGCGACUUGCCCUCAUAUCGAUACUAUUGUCGUCGACUCGCUCGGUGUGACUGAGGGCUUACGCGAGUAUGAGCAUUUGCGGUACAUUCCCAUUGUGCUCUUGACACCGCAAUCCACACCGCGUCUGAACUUGAAAUGGUGUCUCGACAACAGUAUUUCCUCCCAAGUCACGACACCGGUGACUGCACAAGACCUCGCGUCAGCAUUAAUCUCGGCGUUGGAGUCGAACACGGUGACGCCAGUCGUCGCAGAGAACGAUGUGCCCUACGAUAUUCUCAUCGCUGAGGACAACCUGGUCAACCAGAAGUUAGCUGUCAAGAUUCUAGAGAAGUACGGCCACCAGGUAGAAAUUGCGGAGAACGGUUCAUUAGCCGUGGAUGCGUUCAAGGCACGUAUCCAGAGGAACAGGCCCUUCGACAUCAUUCUCAUGGAUGUGUCCAUGCCCUUCAUGGGCGGUAUGGAGGCCACAGAGCUCAUUCGUGCGUAUGAGACAUCACACGGGUUGGAUCCGGUCCCUAUUAUCGCAUUAACUGCACACGCCAUGAUUGGUGACAGGGAACGCUGUCUGCAAGCAGGAAUGGACGACCACAUCACGAAGCCUCUAAGGCGAAGUGACCUGAUCAACGCUAUCAAUAAGCUUGCAGGAGAGCGCAAGGCACAUAUGGCACGGAGUCGAGUACAACAUCGCUCGUCGGUACCAGUGUCGACCCUGCUCCGCGACUGGCGAUGAUCUAGAUACCGCUUCUUCUCUGCAUUCUUGUAUCCCUGCAUGGCUUCUUCUCUGCUUGCAUCAUGGCUCCGGUUAUAUCCCACUGUACAAGUAUUCGCAACGUAUGUUAGCAGGCGCUAUAUGUCUCUCAUUAGCUGUGUAAUCACUGUAUUUUUCUUGCUGAUUAUUACAUUUAUUUCCGUACGACUCC